AUGAAACUGACCUCACCACCAUGCUGUGACAACCAACAGAAGGUCAACCAGCAACCCACCGAUGCCUUUAGCCAAACCUGUACCACCACUGCAGCACUGAAACAGUCCGCAUCGACAAUUUCACCCAGUAUAACCCACUACUGCAGUAGCACCAUGAAGACCUUUGCUUUCUUGGCCCUUGCAUUCCUCCUGGCCAUUUGCGGCAAUGCCAACGCCUUUGUUAGUCGAUGUCCCUCUGUUGUCAAAGGCGACUCUGCUCUCAAGAUGACAAUCUUGACCUACGGCAACAAAAAGAAGGAUUUCAAGCCGGGAACACCACUGAAGACGGCUUUACCUCAGCUUGGCGUCAAACCCGUGUACUCGUGCAGAAAGGGCGACUGUGCUACUUGCCAAGUGCUCAUUGGUGGACAAUUCACCCGGGCAUGCAUUGGCAAGGUCCCUGCCGAGCCAAAGCUCAAGUCCCUGCAGGAAAACGGUCUUCCUGUGAGCGUGUAA